AGCCAACGCACACCAACAAACUCGAGCUUACACGACGAAAGCCUUGCUCAAGCUUCGCACGAGUCGCCUCCCUGUCUACCCGGACAAUUAGCGUGGUAACCUCAUAUGUACACAGAUACAAAGAGUAUAUGAGGUCCUACUAUGGCGUCGACCACCUUUGGUUUUUGGUCCAGGUCAUUGCGGCCUCCAGCACGUCGUCAUUGUCGUGCACUAAGCGUGCUCAACACUACAACCCUCGACAGAUGGAUCUCUGACACCAAGUCUCUUACACUGACCGACACAUUCACGCAGACCCAUCUCGCUGACUUGCAUAUCACCUUACCCACUCGCGACGGCACGCGCGGACGACCAUAUCAUCCCCCUGAAGUGGGAGCCCCACUGGGCUACGGACAUCAUCUAGCGUUCUUCCAUCCUCGCAACCCGGAGGCUGUUCUGCGUCCCGAUGGAACUGAUGCCGAGUUCUGUCCACCUGAGCCAUUCACACGGCGUAUGUGGGCGGGAGGCACGAUGGAAUGGAGCUCGGAUCUACGUAAUGCUCUGAAGGUCGGCGAGACGGCGCGCGCUGUCUCCAAAAUUGCCCGUGUCGAGAAGAAAGGGUUUGACACUGACGAUCUGAAGGCAAAUCCGAUGCUCGUUGUGACCCAACGUAUUGAGGUUACUAUGAAUGGUCGUACCGAACCGUCUGUCAUCGAAGAGAGGUCUCACGUGUACCUUGCUUCCGGAGGUAGCAAACGUACGGUUAAGAAUGUGCAAGGCUUGCCGAAGCCUGAUUUCUCGUUUACCUACAAGCCCUCACUGACUACUCUAUUCCGUUUUUCCGCAUUAACAUUCAAUGGCCAUUAUAUUCACCUGGACAAAACCUAUGCCCAGGAGCACGAAGGAUAUCCGGAACGACUCGUCCACGGUCCUCUCAUGGCUCUCAUGUUACUCGAGGUUCUACUAUUCAACCAGCCAGAAUUGCGGUUACGCACAUUUGGCUACCGUGCCCGCAAUCCUAUCAUCGUCGAUCGUCAGUGUACAAUCCACGGUGCCUUCACAGGAGAGAAUACAGCAGAAUUAUGGUGUGAGGAUGCUGAAAGGGUCAUAGGCAUGACUGGUAGUGUCAGCUUUUCGUAAGGUAUCUUUUUCCCCUUUUGUUGUACAGCUUGUACAUGUGGUCCCAUAUUCGCACACGAAUCGACACACCAGUGCGGUCUUCGUGUGUGGAAGGUUUGAUCGGUUUUCUCUGUCACGAACUGGUUUGCGUCGGCCAGGUACGGUUAAGUUCGUCCUGGGCUUCUAGACAACCGCCCACCUCCCAGACACCAGUAGCCACAGGAACGCAAAUUGGAGCAGACAGGACGCCUGGACUUGACAGCGCACACAAUUAGCCGCUUUUGUCCCCCCCCUCUGUCAUUAAGGAACAAGCUUCUUUCCAUACGGGCUUGAUAUUGUGGCGUUGAGAUGGGUCCGCUCAACAGGCCCAUUUUGGACACCUCUCUCGUCGUUCAUACAUCCCCAGAAUAAGUGAGUGCAAGGUGUCAUGAAAACAUGGGUUCGGUGGCAUUGACAAGUUG